GAGAUUCACAUUUUCCCAUAAUUUACAUCCGAGCGUCAGCCAAAAUCAAUGGCUAAUCCGUAAACAGGUUUAAAGACAAUAGAACGCGCCGAAAGCGUCGUAUGCCGCCUAGUGUCUAUGAACGUGCUAUUGAACAAAAUUAAGAACGAUUUUCGUCAGAUGCUCUAAGAAAACCAAAUUGCAAGUGAAGUAAGUUUUAAAUAAAAACAAAACAAAAAUAUUCAGUCAUGUCAGAGGUAGCAGAAGAAAAAGCACCAGCCACGAACACAGAAGCUUCAGACUUGGCUAAUGGCGGCAUAAAAGAGAAAAAAGAAACAGACGAGAGUACACCAGACAGAAAGCUUAAUACAAGCAUGAACAACAACAGAAGCUCUUUCCGAGGAGGCAGAGGAAGUUUUCGUGGUUCCAGAGGUGGUUUCAGGGGUGGCUAUCGUGGUAGAAGGGGUGGCGGAAUGAGUAUGAGUACAAAACAUUUAGAUGAGAAAGCCAUGUACCUGAUUUUUGAAAAGCCAAUCAGCAAAUCUACAGCCAAAGAAAUAAUGGCCUUUGGGAAAGAUGCUUCUUCUGUUGGGUUUGGCAGAGGUUGUACUCUUCAUUUCAAAAGCCCAGAAGAAGCCAAAGAUAUAAUGGAGAAGAUUAAAGACUUGAAAUUUGCUGGAUUGGAACCAAAUGUCGAAUAUGCAUACAAAAAAAGAGUAUUUGAUUCAGAGAAAAGAACCCCUGGAGGUGAUGAGGAGGAAGAGGAAGAAGAGGGAACUUCUCCAACUAAGAAACAAAAGGUUGAGAAUGACAAAGAAGCAGAAGAGGAUAAGGCAGAUGAUGACAACAAAGGAGACGGUGAGGUGGCAAGAGGUGGAGAAGAGAUUGGUGAUGAAGAGGCGGAAGAUGAGGAAGGAGAAGGGGAGGAAGUGGAAGGGGAAGAAGCCGAAGGAGGGGAUUAUGGAGAAGAGGGGCAUGAGGAAAAUGAAGAUUAUGAGGGUGGGGAUCAAGAAUAUGAGGAAGGUGGUGAUCAUGAGUAUGAAGAAGGUGGGGACCAAGAAUAUGAUGAAGGUGGGGAGCAAGAGUAUGAAGAGGGUGCAGAACACAAUGAAGAUAAUGAUGAUGAUAUUGAUGAAGAUGAGUAUAAUAGUUAGAAAAUUUUUUAGACUUUGAUAUUGCUUAUGCUUUCUUACGUAUUUUAAAGUAUGAUGUAAGAUUUUGAUUGUACAUGAAUUGUGAGAAUGUUUAGUAUGCACGUGAUUAAUUGAGUCUAAUGGAAUUAAAAACUCAAAGUUCUAAAUA